AUGACUGUCGAAAUAUCGGUACUGUUGUUUGCAAUGGCCAGGGAUCGGGUGGGCACCGACAGGGUUGCCGUACCGUUAGUUACCAGACACUGGCCGUCUAGACAGUUGUUGUUGGACUACUUGUUCCAAACAAGUCCAGAGUUACAGGUGUUGACCGAAUUGCGGCCAAUACUGGCCGUUGCCAUCAAUGAACAGUAUGUUACCGAUGAUGACACCGAUAUAGUACUGGAAGACAACGAUGUGGUGGCACUCAUACCGCCCAUCACUGGUGGAUAACAUACCACUCAUAAGUGGUAUUAGAAAACAAAACUUAUAAUUAAAUUAAAUAAAUAAUUAUUAUA